CAGCGGCACCGCCGGGGGCAGCCGGCGCUGGGGGCGGCGGAGCCGCGCGGGCGGGCCGAGCCGAGCCGAGCCGAGCAGAGGCGAGCCGAGCAGAGCCGAGCCGAGCCGAACCGAGCUGAGCUGAACCGAGCCGAGCCGAGCCGAACUGAGCUGAGCUGAACCGAGCCGAGCCGAGCCGAGCUGACCUGAGCUGAACCGAGCUGAGCUGAACCGAGCUGAGCUGAGCCGAACCGAGUCGAGCCGAGGGAUGCUGAGCUGAGCUGAGCCGAGCUGAGCUGAACCGAAUCGAGCCGAGCCAAGAGGUGCUGAGCUGAGCCGAAGGGUGCAGAGCUGAGCUGAACCGAGUCGAGGGCUGCUGAGCUUGAACCGAGCCGCGCCGAGGGUGCUGCCGAGCCGAGGGUGCCGAGCCGAGCCUGAACCGAGGGUGCCGAGCCGAGCCGCGCCGGUGCCGCGAUGGGGGUGGAGAUCGAGACCAUCUCUCCCGGGGACGGACGGACAUUUCCGAAGAAGGGUCAGACGUGUGUGGUGCACUACACAGGAAUGCUACAGAAUGGAAAGAAGUUUGAUUCCUCCAGAGACAGAAACAAGCCUUUCAGGUUCAAGAUUGGCAGGCAAGAAGUCAUUAAAGGAUUUGAAGAAGGUGUCACACAGAUGAGCUUGGGACAAAGAGCAAAGUUGACCUGCACACCUGAGAUGGCCUAUGGAGCCACAGGCCACCCUGGGGUCAUCCCUCCCAACGCUACUCUCCUCUUUGACGUUGAGCUUCUCAGGUUGGAGUGAAUCUUCUCGAGGGAGCUGACUGGAAACAUCUGUUAAUAACCAUCCGCUCUUUCUCACCUUGCCAGCAGCAGGAGAAAUCUUCACUGGAAUCCAAAUCUUCCCUGCUCAAGCUGUCAUGUCAAUAGCGCCUGCCUUUCAGUUCCUUACACCUUUUUCUCUUUUUUAACUUUGUGGUGUCUGUAUUUGCCUUUUAUUAGAAGCUUUGCUUUGGGGAAAACAUCUACUAUUGUAACAUUUUCAAGUUGUACAUUUUAUUUAACUUGCAUGUAAGAAGAUUUCACCGUGACAAUUGAAAAUAUAUAUGAAUAUAAAUAUAUAUAUAGUCCUUAUUGAAAAACCACUGCCUUACUGUACACUUAAACCAAGAAAGAAAAACCAAAAGGUGCUCAAAAAUAAAACAAAUACAAUGUACGCCUUGUACAUGAACGGGCAUUAGCCAAACAGAGUUACCUGCGCUGCCACUUUUCUCAACUUGUACGUUCUGCUUGCUGCUGUUUUGAAAAAUACUGUCUCAUUUAAGAAUGAAAAGUAUAUAUAUAAAACAAUAAAAUCUUGCUACUUUACAGUU